UUAUUAGUCCAUGUGUAUAACAUGCGUUGAAGAGUACCAGCAUAUUUAUUUUUCGUCACUUUCGCGGGAAUUUUGUGGCAACGAAGUGGCCUAAUUAAUUGACAAUAUGGAGGACGAUUUUGAGGAUCGAUUUGCUGAUGAACUGGAGGCGAUGAGAGAGAUGGAGAUGGAAUUUGAAGCCUCUCAAAGAACUCAGAGUAAAACUGGUCGGUCGUCAAAUGCCCUGCAAGCCAACGGCACUCAAAACCUCAGUGGCUCUAAGAACUCCACUAGUCAGUCCCAGAGCCACUCUGACCCCAUCACUGCUCUGAACACAAAUGGCAAACUGAUGUCAGUGCCGUGUGGACUCCAGAAUGGUUUCUUGGGAGAGCUGCAAGCUGAUGCCUCGGAGAGGAAAGCUAAGAAACGGGACAUUGAGGAAAUGUUUGGCCCGUUGUCUGACAGUGAAGACGAGCUGGUCAUAGAUGCACCAUUGCCUACCGUCGCUCCAACAGCAAAGCGGCCGAGAAAGCUUUUCCAAGAUGCCGGGAAAACGACAGAAAAGGUCACCACCUCCCCACUGCCCUCACCGACUCCUGACGAGAAAGCCCUGGCAAAGAUUAUGCAGCACCGGCAGCAGGUGGCCACUCAGGCAGCCCAGGAACCCUCGGAUGCAUCCAGGGCACCCUUGGCAAACCUUGGGCAAGAGUUCAUCUGGCCGGUUGGGUACCAGCGGCUACGGAUCCUUCACAGGGAGCCUCCUGGUCAGUCGGCAAAACUUACCGGACAGGAUGGGAGGCGGGUGUACCUCAGGAUGAAGGAGGUUGUCAGCGUAGAGGAUAAAAUGAAAAAUAAGUCAAUCUUCAAGCAGAACCCCAGAUGUCCUCUUCGACUUCUUGCAAGAUCGGUGGAGACGAUGAGAGAUGAACUUGAGAAUGAGAGACACGUGCGAUUGGUGAAAGAGGCCAGAAGUAUUUCAACAUCUAUGAAUAGAGGGCUGACCAAGAAGCUUGGGAUGUCAGCUGGCGAUGAUGCAGAUGACGAGAUGGAUGAUGAGGGUGAUGAUGUGGAGGAGGUUGCCAGCAAGGAGAAGUCCUCGGCAUUGUGGGUGGACCAGUACGCUCCCAGACGCUACACGGAUCUUCUCAGCGAUGACGGGAUAAACCGCAAUCUUCUUUACUGGCUGAAACUGUGGGAUUACCUGGUAUUUGGGAAGGAGAAAAAACAACGGAAGAAACCUCAGCAGCAACAGCAACAGAAGCAAGCAGAGGCCAAGAACUUCAAGCAGUUCAAGAACAAGUUCCAGCAGGAGGAACCUCAAGAGGAGCUUGAUGAGAACAAUCGCCCUGUCCACAAGAUCGCCCUGCUGUGUGGCCCACCUGGCCUUGGCAAGACCACUCUGGCACACAUCAUCGCUCGGCAUGCUGGAUACAACGUGGUGGAAAUGAAUGCCAGUGAUGAUCGGAGUGUCGAUGUCUUCCGGAAUAAACUAGAAUCGUCCACCCAGAUGCAAUCAGUGUUAACGACAGAUAGGAGACCCAACUGCCUGGUCAUAGAUGAAAUUGACGGAGCUCCCGCACCGGCCAUCAAUUGUCUUCUGAAUUACAUCAAAGGUGCUUCAGACAACUCCAAUCCGACAGACGUAGCGGCCGCUAACACUAAGAAGAAGAAAUCAAAGAAUUUACUCCGGCCCAUCAUAUGUAUAUGUAACGAUCCGUAUGUUCCCGCGCUGAGGCUGCUCAGGCAGCAAGCCUUUGUCACCCAUUUUCCUCCGACCCUCAGCGCAAGACUUGCAGCGAGGCUAAAUGAGAUUGCCCGAAAUAAUGCCAUACGGACGGACAUGACUGCACUGAUGGCACUGUGUACCAAGGCUGACAAUGACAUACGGUCUUGUCUCAACACAUUACAGUUUAUCCACAGCCAGGGCAGAGUACUUAGCCUAGCCCUUGUCCACUCGUUGAGCAUCGGCCAAAAAGACCGACAUAAAGGCUUCUUUGCUAUAUGGCAGGACAUAUUCAAGCUACCGCAGCCAAAGAGGAAGCAGUAUGCCAACCCCCACGACGUCGCAGCAGGCAAGGCUACGAUUGCCAGCGCAGCAGACGGUACCCUCGGUCUUGACGCCAGCAACCCGACGUCAGUGACAGCACGCUUCUACAAUGUGCUGCAGCUGGCACAAGGGGCUGGUGACUAUGACAAACUCAUGCAAGGGAUAUUUGAGAACUAUUUGGAGAUGAAAUUCAAGGACCCAAGACUUGAGGCACUGAAUCUGGCAUCGGAUUGGUUGGUCUUCUACGAUCGCCUUGGGAGCGUCGUCGCACGCAGUCAGAACUACACCUUCUAUCGGUAUCUUGGCUACGUGCCAGUCGUGUUUCAUCUUUUGUUUGCAUCAUCCUCGCAGCCCCGCCUUAAGUACCCAAAUGCAGCAUAUGAGAAUUCAGUCAAGCAGACCAGGACCCAGAACUUGCUGACUACCAUCCUGUCCGAGGUGUGUCCCAGCACGGCUUGCUUCUUGGACCCACGCAUGGCAGUCACUCAGAUCCUGCCCCUGCUUCUCAUCAUACUCCAGCCAACGUUCAGGCCGGUGAACACUCAGUUAUUCAAUGCCCAAGAGAAGCAACAGCUGAAGGAAGUAAUCAACACCAUGAUUGCCUACAACCUCACCUACAACCAGGAACGCAGCACCGAAGGGCAGUAUAAUUACGUCCUUGACCCAAAUCUUGAUUCCGUUGCGAGGUUCAGCAAUACCCCUCCCACCAAGCAGAUGACGUAUGCGGCGAAGCAGCUUAUUGCUAGAGAGAUUGCUUUGGAGAAAAUGCGACGCAGUGAAGCCACUAUUGGAAGUAAAACUGGUGAUACCAAGAAGAGGACUAAACCUACGUCAGCCAAGAGAGACGAAGGGGCAGCCUCAACAAAGGUCCCGCGACACUUGGAGAAGCUACAGCCCAAAAAAGUCCAGGACGAACCAGAAAAGCCCACCAGAGAUUUCUUUGGUCGGAUUAUCAAGAAGAAAACCCCAGAGCCCAAGUCAGCUGAUGCAACGGACAGCAGCAGUGCCAGCAACGAGCCUGGGUCAAGUCAGAGCAGCAAGGCCGAGGCCAGACGGGAGCAGCAGGAGCAGCUCUCAGGCAAAGUCUGGUAUAAAUUCAACCAGGGGUUCACCAACGCCGUGCGCAAGACAGUCCGCAUCCAGGACCUGCUCUAAGGUUGGACUCCACUCUACGGCUCCUCUUCCCCGCAUCCAAGCAUUGAACUUUCGAUCUAAUUGAAAUUGACUAAGACUACACUUUUUAAGUGUGUAACAAAUAAGGUGUCAGUGAUAAGUUUAUAUUACUAUAUAGUUUAGGCAGAAAUAGCGUCCCGAUUUUCACUUUAUCUCCUCAUCUCUUUAUCGUCACGAUGAGAUAACUUGAGGAUGAUUUGCUCUCCUGAACAUCUUAGAAUGCAGUACUGUAAGCUCAUCCGUCACAAAUUGAUCAUGAACCAAUCACAAGUCAUCCAGUCCCAAGCCAUGAACUAUUCAAACGAGCCAUGCAUUCAUUUGCUUAGUAACCCAUCCUGUGGAUUGACGGUGUACUUAAAGGUUAUAGCCAGACUUGAGAUAAGAUUCAACUGUAACUCUGAUGGAACAUAAUUUUCAGCAACUAAUGAAGAAUGUGUUGUUUUGUUUGGGCUGUCAAGCAGAAUUCCUUCAAUGAAAUAUUAUUUUCUCUCUGAAUGCAUUUAUUUUAUUUUUUACUCAUUUUGUUGUCAAGAGAAAAGUGUCACAAAGAAUCUGAAAAGACUUGAAAAGGAAGAGCACAGGAAAUGUUAGAGAAUUAGUUCUCUUUGUAAAAGUGAUAAUUGAUCCCAUUAUGAACAAAUUUGUCUACGAAAUCGACUCUGUUAAUAAACAAGCAUAAACCAAAACAAGCA